UAUUUACCAUAGUGUUCAUAGAAGAGUUUAGCCAUCAUCAUUCACCAAGUUGAAUUCGCUCAGCUCUUUUUCCAUCAGAAACGAGCACUGAACUCAAAUAGCUGGGGUUGCUCUUUGCCGGCGAUCACAUCUCUCACAGUCACGCUUCCUCUUUCACUCACUCAAUUUUUCUUUCCUUCAAUCUCAACCUUCAUUUUCGUUUUCUUCUUCCAAUCAAGUCCUUCAAUUUCGAUUUUCGGUGAUUUUUUUUUCUCAAUGACAAUUUUUGUUGUUGAGUGAAUGUGGCUCUCCCUCUGUGUUAUUUAUGUGUUGAAAAGCGUAGAUUUCAAGUAUUGACUUAGGAUGAAUGAAUUUUUGCACUUCAUGUGUUUGAUAAUUGUCCUAAGUGGCGUUAUGUGAAUCUUUGCCUGUGUAGACUGAUUUUUUUGUAAUCUUGUGCGGCUGUGAAGAGAAAAGGAGAUUUUUUUAUUUAACAAAGCUCUAAAUUAAUUGCAUUUGGUUCACUUUAACGAUGAUUUCUGAAUGCGUAUGCUGCCAUCACAUCAGUGGUAUCUCAUUAAUCUGACUAAAAGCAACCGAAUCAACACCUUUUGGUUGUAUGAAACAAUGUAGUCUAGACACCACACCAGUAAUAAUUAGAGAAAGUGGAAGUGAUUAAGUGUAAUUUAGUAUGCGUGUCAAUGUCAUGGUGGUGUUGGAUAUCAACAAGUGUCGGACAGUAAACAUGUCUUCACUGUGAAGUAUCGGUGUUCCGUUGUUUGCCUACUAAAUCUCACCAAAGCUAGUAGUUUUAAUUGAAAUUUUAAUACUCUGCUCAUGUAUUUGAGAGAUGCACCUUUAGGAUUAGGAUAUAUCAGUUUGUAGCAAUCUUUAAGAACAAGAUUAUCUAUCCAACUAUCUAUCUCUAGAUAAUGUUUUACAUCUUUUUAUGCUUAAAAUGUGAAUCAAAUGAAAAUUAGGAUCGUUUAUUCACAUUUUCAUCUUUUAUAAUUUUGAAAUAAUCCAUUUUUGAUUAUUUACUCUCUAUUCAGUAGUUUUUAGUACAGUGACUAGGAUCUAAAUCAUAACGUUAUAAACUAACACUAGUGUUUACUUUAAAUAUCAAAUAUCAAAUUCAUAAACUAAUACUAGUGUUUGCUCUCUUUGUUAUUCUUAUUUAUUUUACGGUUAGAUUAUAGGUUGAAAGGAUCGAUUUUAAGGUUCUGCAACAAAUUUUAGUUUCCCCUAAUUUUCAUAUAGUUCACAAGUCCUCAAAGCAAGGAAUUAGAAAUUUCAUGGAAUCUCUCGUCAAGUUUGUGGUUUGUUUCCCUUUUGUUGUUUUUUCGUUUUGAUCCUUUUUCCUUUCUUUCUUUCUUGUGCUAUGUUUUCAAUGCAAUAUGCUCUGUUUUCUUGUGUUUUGUAUCAGUUAAAUAUGAUUCUUUAAUUGGAAGGUUUAAUAGAAAGUCUAAAUAUACCAAUAUUGCUAUGUUGAGAAAAUUGGUGUGGGAUUUGCAUCUGAAUUUGAACAAACAGUGGGUUACCACCUUACAAAAUCAGUUUCUAAAUGUAGUGUAGCAGUUUGAUGGAGUAUAAAUGAAUUAAAGGAUCCCCAAUUCUUGGUGUCUCUCUUUGUUACGUGGGUUUCUAGUAUAAUUGUAUUGUAUGUCUCUUUUUAUCUAGCCGAUUAGCAAUUUAGCAAGACUUUUUAUUGAAUAUGUUGGCAAGAAUCUCAAUGGUGUUGAAUAGGUGUCAAGUUGUGAGGUAAUAUGCAAUUGAAUUUCUUUUUGUAUUGAAAAAUAGAGCAUCAUUCUUGGAGUCAAAGUUUAUGUUGAAUUUCUUGCUGCUUUAUGUUAUUAGUAAUUGAUUUGUGCAUUUUCUAAGAGCAACUGAAUAGUUAAACAUAAGAAAAUAUAUGCAUUUUUCAAUAGAGCAUCAUUCUUGGAGUCAAAGUUUAUGUUGAAUUUCUUGCUGCUUUAUGUUAUUAGUAAUUGAUUUGUGCAUUUUCUAAGAGCAACUGAAUAGUUAAACAUAAGAAAAUAUAUGCAUUUUUCAAAUGGAAAGCUUCCGACCAAGAUGAUUAUAUACGAGUUUUAUGAAUUUCAGUUAUAAUUUUGUAAUCAGUACUUCCUGCUCCUUCCAAUAUUUUGAGCAAGAUCCACCACUGUUCUCUGGCUUCUAAAUUUAAACAAGCACUAUAUCUCGACCACUCACUCAAAUAGCCCGAGUUGCUCGUUGCCGCCGGUGAUCACAUCUCUCACGGCUAAGACCACCGCUCUAUAUCUCGACCACUCACUCACUCAACCUUCAUUUUCGUUUUCUUCUUCCAAUCAAAUAGAUAGAAGAAGAAAGGUUGAAUUUUGGGGGAAAAUGGUGGUUAGAAUUCGACUUUCAUGUUUAGGGUGCAAAAACAAGCCAUUCUACCGUGUUAUGGCUUCUGAUAGCAGAUCUCCAAGAGAUGGAAAGCACCUCGAAGUUCUUGGUUACUAUAAUCCCUUACCUGGUCAAGAUGGUGGCAAAAGAAUGGGUAUCAACUUUGAUAGAGUCAAGUAUUGGCUUUCUGUUGGAGCUCAACCUUCAAAUCCCGUUGAGCGUCUUCUGUUUCGAGCAGGGUUACUUCCUCCACCGCCGACUGUUGCCAUGGCGCGCAAAGGAGGACCCCGUGACAUGAGUCCUGUUGAUGCUUUAACCGGGCGCAUCAUCGGUCAACAGAAGCCUCCUAACUCCAACAACAGUGGCACUGCCGUAACCGAAAACCCUUGAAAUCUUGUGUUUUUCAUUGGUGUCUUUAAGAGAAGAAGAAUAAGCUGGAAUUUGAAGCCAUUGAUUUCAAUUGGUAGAUUAUCUUGUUGUUCAUUUAUAUUUUGUUUUCGUGAACCUGUAGCGAAUGUAGUUAGUUUGAUUUUAAAUUUCCUGUACUGUACUCCUGGUUGGUUAUUUGUUGAUGAAGAUGCAGGAUUUUGAAAUAUAAUCCGUUUAUACUGUUUCUGCUGUGAA